UGAUUUCACUCCUUCCAACCUGCUAAUGCAUAUUCCAGUAAAACUUACUCUCCAGUUUUUGCCUCUGUCUCUCCUCCCAGGGAAUCUCUCCAAAAAUGUUUCUGAGGAUGACUCGAGCAGCCCCAGCCUCAGCACAUCCUGCUCUUUCCUGUUUCUUCUUAAGUCUUUGUUCAGAGACCUUGGAUCCUCACGCAAAGCAAGCCGUAGCCUCUGUGAGCUCACCACACUGCUCCAAGUGCCAGUGGGAAGGAGAUCCCCUCCCACUUGGGGCUGCCUGAGCCCAACCCUCCCACUUUCUCCAGGGUCCCUGGGCUCUGCAAGCAGUCAGAAGUGGGAGCUACAGCCCAGCCCGGGACUGAAGAGGUUAAUGUGCAUCUGCCUCCGAAUGUUAAUGUGUCUAGGUGAUGUCAGUGGGAGCCGGGAAGGAGGGAGUGGGGAGGGCAGUUGGGUUCGGAGGCGGCACAGGCUGCCAGGCUGCUGAGGAAGACCCCCUUCCUGACUGCGGGUCUGCGGGGCUUGUGCUCCGGGACAAGGCGGGUGCUGGAGGCUGCCGCAGCCUGCGUGGGUGGCCAAGACCUCAACUCGAGGGAGCAGGCGACUGGCAACCAGCACCGACUGGAUGGACCUGGAAGCCUCCCUGCUGCCCACUGGCCCCAAUGCCAGCAACACCUCUGAUGGCCCGGCUAACCUCACCUCAGCAGGGCCACCUCCUCGCACUGGGAGUGUCUCCUACAUCAACAUCAUCAUGCCUUCCGUUUUCGGCAUCAUCUGCCUCCUGGGCAUCGUCGGGAACUCCACGGUCAUCUUCGCUGUCGUGAAGAAGUCCAAGCUGCACUGGUGCAGCAACGUCCCCGACAUCUUUAUCAUCAACCUGUCAGUGGUGGACCUCCUUUUCCUUCUGGGCAUGCCCUUCAUGAUCCACCAGCUCAUGGGAAAUGGUGUCUGGCACUUUGGGGAGACCAUGUGUACCCUCAUUACAGCCAUGGACGCCAACAGUCAGUUCACCAGCACCUACAUCCUCACCGCCAUGGCCAUUGACCGCUACAUGGCCACAGUCCACCCCAUCUCCUCCACCAAGUUCCGGAAGCCAUCUGUGGCCACUCUGGUGAUCUGCCUCCUGUGGGCCCUCUCCUUCAUCAGCAUCACUCCCGUGUGGCUCUAUGCCAGGCUCAUCCCCUUUCCGGGGGGCACGGUCGGCUGCGGCAUCCGCCUGCCCAACCCAGACACUGACCUUUACUGGUUCACCUUGUACCAGUUUUUCCUGGCCUUUGCCCUGCCCUUUGUGGUCAUCACAGCCGCAUAUGUGAGGAUCCUGCAGCGCAUGACAUCCUCGGUGGCCCCCGCCUCCCAGCGCAGCAUCCGGCUGCGGACAAAGAGGGUGACCCGCACGGCCAUCGCUAUCUGUCUGGUCUUCUUUGUGUGCUGGGCACCCUACUAUGUGCUACAGCUGACCCAGCUGUCCAUCAGCCGCCCAACCCUCACCUUCGUCUAUCUGUACAAUGCAGCCAUCAGCUUGGGCUACGCCAACAGCUGCCUCAACCCUUUUGUGUACAUCGUGCUCUGUGAGACGUUCCGCAAGCGCCUGGUCCUGUCAGUGAAGCCUGCAGCCCAGGGGCAGCUCUGCACCGUCAGCAACGCUCACACUGCUGAGGAGGAGAGGACAGAAAGCAAAGGCACCUGACAAUUCCCCUGCCACCCUGGACACCUCAAAGUCAGGACACCGCAGAAUACCACAGGGAGAGAUGCUGAGAAAAACCCAAGACUGCUUGAGGGAAUGCAGGGAGGCUGGGUGGUGACGGGUUGCUGCAACCAAGUAAAUACCUUCCAUGGGACCCACAAAUUGCUAGGGAGGCUUGGGGCCAGGUUUGGGGGCUUCAGACAUUAGAAAUCCCCUUUGUGAGGCAGGACAAGGCCUUUAGUGGGAACAGAAACCGAGUAAGAGCAAAAUUUUGGCUUGAAGGUUCAGUUGAGGUCUUCUGUUAGGUCUUCUUCCCAGGGGAAAGGAUGGAAGGACCCUUGCUGGAUUUGUUUAAAUCAGACAGGGCCACACUGCAAAGGGCCCAGAGGGGAUGGGAAGAGGCGAGGCCCAACGCUUUUUCCAGUCUCAUUGUUAUGAUGGAAGGCUGUCUUUCUCCCAAGCUGAUAGGUGAUGAAAAACAAAGCCUUCCAUCUCUCUGCGACAGCACCCUCUGUCCAUUUCCCUUUAUAGGGGAGGGAGGCAUGUUUACUAUGUGGGGUGGGGCUUUGAAGCCCCAGGAGUAGAAGCUCCAUUUGCUUAGGAGAUUCACUCACUGAGAAGGACAAGGCAACCUUGGGGGGCUGUGGGUGUGGGUCCUGAAACUAAUAAAAAUGGAGGGCAGGGUUGCAGCUGCAGGGACAUUCUCUCCAUGGGGCACAUCCACAUAUCAGCCACUAAUCCAGAGUGAGCAUCCUCAUGUUCUGCAUGUGCAGGGGUCGUGCUAGUGCCUGGUGUGUUGGCAUUAUCUUUUUGCUCUAGUCCUUCCUCUCCAAAAUUAAAAUGAA